AAUGGCUUCCAUCUUUGUCGUCUCAGCAGAGAGGUUAAUACCUUUGUUUCCUCGUCUCGCAUGUCAGGGAGUCUGUGAGUAACCUCCUUUUUAUAUUUAUCUAGUGGAUUAUUGUCCAUCGAACCUUCGAAUGUAGAGUUUGGGUGUUUAUUUCACUGGUUUUUAUUGAUUUUGUUACUCAUCCAGUGGCGCACUUUUUGACCACGUCAGUGCGGUGGGGGAGGGGAAGUGAGUCUGUCUGGGUGGAGCCUGUAUGAUACGUUCACUGUGGAUCAAUUCUCUUCGCUUGCUGGGAUGUCACCCAUGCUUCAGGCUAAACAUGUUCUCCAAGGGCACCAAGCGUAAGUUUUCCGAUGGUGAUGAAGAGAUAUCCGACGAAAGCCUGGUAGGUGCCAGGGUGGCAUCUUCGUACAGCUUGCAACGGCAGUCGCUGCUGGACAUGUCCCUCAUUAAGCUGCAGUUAUGCCACAUGCUGGUGGAGCCCAACCUCUGCCGCUCGGUUCUCAUUGCCAACACAGUCAGGCAGAUUCAGGAGGAGAUGACCCACGAUGGCAGCUGGCAUAUGGUCACUGAAGCGUUCUGCGGACCAGGCCAGAGUCCCUCCGAGCGCUUGGUGGCCACUGAGGUCCUUUGCAGGUCGCGAGAGCAGGAUGCAGAACCUAAACUCUUUUCUGUCAUCAGCUACGAAGGUUGCCGUGAAGAGGAGGUGGUAGCUGAUGAGACGCUGUGCUCCGUUUCAGUUAGCGAUACUGUCUCUAAUGUGUGCCUGGCAGGGCGUGUGGGCCAGUGCUGGGAGAAGAGUGAGCUCAGUGGUGUAGAGAGGGAUGAAGAGGCCCUUGAAGACUCUAGACUUGGUUCAGGAGAAGAUGAGGAGAUAGACACCGAGGAUGGGGCUUCUACAGAGAGUCCAAAGACCACUGGACAAGUUUUUGGGACAUUUGAAAUAAAAAACGGUUCUCCGGGUCCAGACUCUGCUCUUGAGGAACUGUUCUCUGAUGUGGACACCUCCUACUAUGAUCUGGACACCAUGUUGACUGGCAUGCAGAGCGCACCCAAGAUGGGGCCUUAUGACCUCCUUGACAGCUUGGCACCUUCACACAGUUCCCCUUCCAUAGUAUCCACCCCGACCUGUCGUUCUGAUCUCAAUGAACUGGAUCACAUCAUGGAAAUCAUUGUGGGUUCUUAGGUUCGACCUUAUUCAGAGACUUACACGCUUGUCUUAAUGUUACUGGCUUUUCUGUUCUUUAUGGAAAGCAAGUAAAGUCUGGAGUCCUUUCAGGGAAAAGAGUUGAUGUCUUUUGAUGGAUGGCCUUGAUUUUAUGAGCUGACCAUAGUCAUCUUAUUUGCAUACCCUUGGUAUGUUUUAAUGAUUUUUCUGUAUUUGUCUGUCCAGACAUGCUGUUUUUUUAAUUUAAUUUAUUUGUUAUACUCCUGACACUACGGAGAGCAGAACAAGAUGUAUACAAAAGUUGUAAAGCUUGGGAUAUUUUCAUAAGGAGACAAAAGAUUGUCUAAAUGUGUAUAUAAAUUAUAUAUUUUUUACAAUAGAUUCUUCUUGUAAUAUGUUACUGUACACUAUGUACAUGUUCUACAAAUUGAUUUUAACCGAAGAGAUUAGAUUCUUAUGUGCAACAACUCAACAAGUUUUCCGUUUAUCAAAAUCCAUAAACUGAAGGAACUUAAUUCAGUACUACAAUAUACAAAAGGCACCAAGUAUACAUACGAUGAUGCAUGUUUUACAUUUAUGUGCUUAUUUGCGCAAAGUAUUUUUUUUCCUCUCAAGGUUUGAUUGCAGUUGGCUGUCAAUCAGCUCAGCCGUAGGUUUUUUUUGUUGUUAGACGUCAAAGUUCUUAUAUUUUGUCUUAUCAACAAAUGAAGUGUAAUGGGGCCAACCCAUUUUUUAUUGUGACUUAAUUUAUUUAAUUUAUUUACUGCAAACGGUGAGUGUUGGCUGUGGUCAAACUCGGGGUGGGUUUUUAACUCUAGAGGAAUUAAUAGGCCUGAUUCACAAAAGUAUUUUGCACAUGGUAAAUCGGUCACAGAAUUAGUGCUUUGUGAUUUGUUUUGCACUAAUUAUUGGUUUCAGUAUUGAUAUUAAAUAAGUUAACUGUUUUAAUAUUGGUGAUUGGCUUAAGUAUAUCAGUCUAUUAGUCCUCUAGACCCCUCAUAACGAGAAGGCAUUUGUCUAGUUCUAUGCAUUGAGUGUCAUAACACACUUUAUACAUAUGAAGUGUUUAAAAUGCAUUUAGUACAGUAU